CAACUAUAAAUAGCAACAUAGAUUCUCCAGUUUGAGACAGUCCAGUAGCACUAGCACAAGAGACAAGCAAAAAACUUGGUCUCAAAAGGUAAAAACCAUGGGGGCUGGUGGACGAAUGAAUGUUGCUAACACCACAGACGACAAACCUCUCGCCCACAAACGCGUUCCAGUCUCUAAACCUCCAUUCGAGCUUAGUGAUCUCAAGAAAGCCAUACCACCACACUGUUGGAAGCGUUCUCUUGUACGCUCUUUCGCAGCAGUGUUUCGUGAUUUCAUCAUCAUCGGAGCCUUGUACUAUCUCGCGGAUACUUUUAUACCCAUGCUUCCUAAACCCUUAGCGUAUGUCGCAUGGCCCGUUUAUUGGUUCUUCCAAGGUGCUUAUCUUAUGGGCUUGUGGGUCAUCGGCCACGAAUGCGGUCAUCAUGGGUUUAGUGAAUACCCAUGGCUUAACGAUACCAUCGGGUUCAUCGUCCACUCGUUGAUCCUCACUCCAUACUUUGGAUUCAAAUACAGCCACCGCACCCACCAUGCCAACACCAACUCCAUCGAAUACGACGAGGUUUGGAUCCCCAAACGCAAGUCGGAUAAACUCUAUUCCGAGAUCCUAAACAACCCAACCGGAGCAUUCCUUGUGUUCGUGUUCAAGAUCGUUCUCGGCUUCCCCUUGUACUUCGUGUUCAAUCUUUACGGAAGGAAAUACGAGAAGGGAAUCACUAGCCACUUCUACCCAUACAGUCCUAUCUUCAACGACAGCGAACGCUUUCAGAUUUUCCUAACCGAUCUAGGCGUUUUCGCCACUUGCUACGCUGUGUACCGCGCCGCAGCCAUCAUGGGCACACAAUGGGUGAUCAACAUUUACGGAAUGCCCAUCCUUUUCAUGAGUGGCUUCUUCAUCUUACUCACAUACCUACACCACACUCACCCAUCCAUCCCUCACUACGACUCAACCGAAUGGGACUGGCUUCGAGGUGCUCUAGCCACAGUCGAUAGAAACUUCGGAUUCUUGAACCAUGCUUUCCAUGAUGUAACCCGAACCCACACCGUUCACCAUCUUUUCCCAACAAUCCCACAUUACCAUACCUUUGAGGCUAGGGAAGCUGUGAAGCCUAUUUUGGGUGAAUACUAUAAGUACGAUGAUACACCCAUUCUAGAGGCCAUUUGGAGAGAGACAAAGGAUUGCAUUUUCAUUGAAGCUGAUGAGGUUAAUGGAGAGAAAAAGGGUAUCUACUGGUUUCACAAAUAAGCAAAUUGAGUCACCAAAAGGAUAUGAUAAUUAACAUAUCAAAAAUCAUUGUUCGAAUAUAUAUUAAUAUGUUUCCUCCUUGGUUUUACCUUAUAUAAUAAAUGAUAUAAGCUAAAUUUCUGAUUGCUUUGGCUUUGGCUUUA